UCUUGUUGAAAAAAAUGUAAACAAUAUGGCGCUCAGUUCAAAAAGAGAUGUGAAACAGAAAAACUUGAUAUCAUCAUUUAGAGAACGAUUAGAUAAACUAGGAUGCCCUUACACAGAGGGAGUAGACGAUUCAUGGAUCAUAGAAAUGAUCUACAAGCCAGGAGAACCGAGGAUUAAAUUGCUUCAGUGGCUCUUUUCAAAGUUUGACUCAAAACUUCAUGAAUACAUUGAACCAAGGUUUGCAACUGCAGAAUCCAAACUAGACUCCAGAGUUCAAAGGUUGUUGUUUGUGACAUCCACGCUUGGUCUGUGUAGAUACGAUGAUGUCGAUCUGAUUAGGGGGGUCACUGGGGGCAGUAGGCAGGACGCCUUCAUGGACAAGCUGAUUGACCUUGUAUGUAUCAAGGAUGCGGCCGAUGACCCUGACAACAAGGCCAUGAGAAACCCCGGUGUAAUCAGUGAGUCCAUGGCCUUAGAGGACCAGUUUCACCAUGAUUCACAUUUGAUGAGGUCGCUACUACAUCAAGAGAAGGUAGACUCUGUUCUGAAUCCCCGCCUUUCCCUCCUCCCCCCAGACUUACAGAGGCAGUACGAAGUAGCCAUGGUUGAACGAGGGGUGGAUAAAGACAGGCCUCCAAAGCAAGAUUUGCAUAGUUUAAUGGAGUUGGCUGAGAAACUUUCACAAGACCUUCAAAGACAACAGGAAAUUUUGAGAGAAGUCAACAAAAGUUUCACAUAUGAGACACCUGAUUCAUCUCGAGGCGAGAUUGCAAGCAAGACAAUGAGUCUGGUGCUCUCUGAGUUAUCUCAGCUUGUGGUUGGGUUUACGUAUUGCUACGAGAAUGAGAUGAGUCACUGGUGCAACAAGACCCCUCCCAUUCUGAACGAGUUGGGUCCCGCCUUCAAGAGAGUGUACAAUCUACUUCAAACUUUUAUCAAGCUGUUGACAGAUUUUGAGUCCAUUAGGGAAUCCUACACACACUUGAGCAGGGACACCAAGCAAAAAAUAAAGGAAUCUACCUCAGUGAAGAAAUCUAGUCUGGGGGCAGUGGGACAAGCGAUGCUGGAAAGUUUCCAGGAAUGCGUGAGCGUGCUUGAUGAAUCGGUUCAUCGCAGGGCAGCGAAUUCCAGCCAUUCUGUCCUCGAGGUGUCCAGACUUGCUAAGUGACAGCGUUAGCCAUUAUGUUGUCAGCUUGUAGUUUGAAGUUGAAAUGGGGGAAGAGUCCAGGAGCUUGGGAUUUUCAUCCAGAUCAGCCUUUGAAGUGUGGGGCUUUAAAAUGAGAGGGUACUUUGUUUAGCCUCAUACACCAGUAAAUGACACAAGACAUUUGGUUGUUAUCAAUACAGCAUAAUAAAGUUGUGAUUUUAAGCCAAGAAACACCAACAGAUUAUUUGAUAAACCUGAUGAAUAUUAUGAAGUAUUAUGAUCAUUGAUAAAAUAUAACAAAGUC